GAAGCAGCUGAAAACAGGGGUCGGUCCGGACACGUUCUCUUGACCAGUCUCACUGAGAUCUGACACUCGGUCGCUCACAGCGAUUCUCUCUUCCAAUCAACAGUCAAAUUCCAAAACCCCCAAGAUGAGCCGCAAGUUCUGUGUUGGUGGCAACUGGAAGAUGAACGGUGACAAGAAAGGCAUCCAGGAAAUCGUUGCAUUCUUGAAAGCUGGACCCCUGGACCCCAAUGUCGAGGUUAUCGUGGGAUGCCCUGCACCUUACUUAGAGUACACCAAGGGUCUGCUUCCAGCCAAUGUUGUGGUUUCAGCCCAGAACUGUUACAAGGUCCCUAAAGGAGCCUUCACAGGUGAAGUCAGUCCAGCUAUGCUGAAGGAUCUUGGAGUCAACUGGGUGAUCCUUGGCCACUCUGAGCGUAGAAACGUUUUUGGAGAAAACGACCUGCUUGUGGCAGAGAAAACUGCCCAUGCUUUAGAAGAGGGCCUGUCUGUCAUUGCUUGCAUUGGUGAGAAGUUGGAAGAGAGGGAAGCUGGCAAGACCGAGGAAGUUGUUUACCGCCAGACCCAAGCCAUCGCCGACAAGAUCAAGGACUGGUCCAAAGUUGUUAUUGCCUAUGAACCUGUCUGGGCUAUUGGCACAGGAAAGACAGCCACCCCACAGCAGGCUCAAGAAGUCCAUGAAAAGCUGAGAGCCUGGCUGAAAGCCAAGGUUUCAGAGAAGGUUGCCAAUGAAACUCGUAUUAUUUAUGGAGGAUCAGUCACAGCAAGCAAUUGCAAAGAGCUUGCCAAGUCUGGGGACAUUGAUGGAUUCCUCGUCGGUGGUGCCUCUUUGAAACCGGAAUUUGUUCAAAUCGUCAAUGCCCGCCAGUAACCAAGAUAAGACAUUAAUGACAAUAAUGUAAGAAAUAUGCAACACCAUUACUUCACUUUCCUUUGAAGCUGCCA